AUGACGGAGGACAUCGCCGUGGUCGACACCGACACGGCGGCUCAGACUAACGCGGGCAAGGAGGACUCCUUCAUCGGGUUCCUUGAGGUUGGCAUGCAUGAUCUGUUUGAGAUGGAAGCCGAGACGACCAGUCGCUUUGAUCCCUCUGGACCAGUCGACGACAGCCGGCAGGAAGAACAGCCAAACACCACCAUGCCUGAUUGGGAAAGUGGGGAGGUGGAGAAGACGAGAGGCGACGCGGUGAUGGAAAAUACAGCGGAAAGCAACGAGGAAGCCCCUGGCCGAGAGACGAAAACCCAGAAGACGCCAACUGCUGCUGUUGCGCCCGUUUUUCGGAUUGCAAAGAACACAAAAAAGAUUCACCGCUUCUUUUGGCAAGUGUCCAAGCAGAUUCGACUUGCAAGACGGCAGGGAGAGUUUGAGAUCGGGCAUGUCCGCCAAAUCCGGCUAGGUGUCAAAGCAGUCAGGGAAGUCCGAGCAACGGUUCAGAGUCGAGGAAACCGAAAUGCGAGGCCGGCUUGUGGUGGCAGAAACCCACCGCGACUAUGA